UAAUCUUUCAGUAAUGAUAUCGAUAAUUUAUUAUCGAUAUUCCUAUUAUCUCUAAUAUUUAGUUGCCCGCCAAAAACUGAUCUAAACGUGCAAAACAAAACGAUUAAUUUAGUCCUGAAUAGGGAUAUAUGUGUUUUGCGUGUUAUUUUAAUUUACUUCAAUUAAACAAUUAUGGCUGAUCCAAUUAGUUCGCCAGCACCGGUUACACCUACUGAUGCUACCGACAGACCGGAUUUACGGGCAGCCAUGACAUCGCCGGCUGCAGAGUUCGAACCAUUUGAGAACGAGGAUGAAAUUUUAGGUGAUCAAACUGUACGGGAUGAGGAGAUUGAAGAUGGCGAAGAGCUAUUUGGAGAUAAUAUGGAAAAUGAUUAUCGUCCCAUGCCUGAAUUAGAUCAUUACGAUCCAGCCAUAUUAGAUGAUGAAGAUUACUCCGAAUUAUCUCAAGGUGAACGUUUGGCCGCUGAAGCUGAAAUGCGUAGACGAGAUCGAGCGAAAGGUAUUAUACAUCGCGAUGAUCGUGACUUGGGUUUUGAGCAGAGUGAUGAUGAUGACGAAGCAUUGGGUCCUCGAGCCAAGAGAAGGGCUGGAGAGAAAGCAGCUAUGGGCGAAGUAGAUGAUAUAGAAAUGGUCGAGUCGAUAGAAAAUUUAGAAGAUACUAAAGGUCACUCUACAAAAGAAUGGGUGAGCAUGUUGGGUCCUCGUACCGAAAUCGCUAAUCGUUUUCAAUCUUUUUUGCGCAACUUUGACGAUGAACGUAGUUCAUAUACAUAUCGUAACCGUAUCAGACAGAUGUGCGAACAAAAUAAGUCCUCUUUCGUAGUAUCAUAUACGGAUUUGGCUCACAAGCAACAUGUUUUAGCUUACUUUCUGCCAGAGGCGCCAUUUCAAAUGUUGGAAAUAUUUGAUAAGGUAGCUAAAGAUAUGGUUUUAUCGAUAUUCCCCACCUAUGAAAGAGUAACUACAGAAAUUCAUGUACGCAUCUCGGAGCUGCCACUAAUUGAGGAACUGCGUACUUUCCGUAAAUUACAUUUAAAUCAGUUAGUGCGCACUUUAGGCGUGGUAACAGCUACUACUGGCGUUUUGCCUCAAUUGUCAGUCAUUAAAUACGAUUGCGUUAAGUGCGGUUACGUGCUGGGACCAUUUGUUCAAGCUCAAAAUACGGAAGUUAAACCGGGUUCUUGUCCCGAAUGUCAGAGUACGGGACCAUUUUCGAUUAAUAUGGAGCAAACGUUAUAUCGUAAUUAUCAAAAAAUCACUUUACAAGAAUCACCGGGACGUAUACCUGCCGGUCGUAUACCACGUAGCAAAGAUGUUAUUCUACUUGCCGAUCUAUGCGAUCUUUGUAAGCCAGGUGAUGAGCUGGAAAUUACUGGCAUUUACACGAAUAACUAUGACGGUUCCUUAAAUACUGAGCAGGGCUUCCCAGUGUUUGCAACAGUUAUUAUAGCUAAUCAUGUGGUAGUAAAGGAUUGUAAACAAGUUGUACAAUCGUUGACGGAUGAGGAUAUUGCCACUAUACAAAAGCUUAGUAAAGAUCCUCGUAUUGCUGACCGUAUUGUCGCUUCAAUUGCUCCGUCUAUAUAUGGUCAUGACUACAUCAAACGUUCGCUGGCUUUAGCUUUAUUCGGCGGUGAAGCUAAAAAUCCUGGCGACAAACACAAAGUGCGUGGUGAUAUUAAUUUAUUGAUCUGUGGAGAUCCGGGUACAGCGAAAUCACAGUUUUUAAAAUAUAUUGAAAAGAUUGCACCCCGAGCCGUGUUUACCACUGGCCAAGGUGCCAGUGCAGUAGGCCUAACAGCCUAUGUGAGACGCAAUCCAGUUUCCAAAGAGUGGACACUGGAAGCGGGCGCUUUGGUUCUGGCCGACCAAGGUGUUUGUCUGAUUGAUGAAUUUGAUAAAAUGAACGAUCAAGAUCGUACAUCAAUCCAUGAAGCUAUGGAGCAACAAUCGAUUUCCAUUUCUAAAGCCGGCAUAGUAACAUCGUUGCAGGCUCGCUGCACGGUAAUAGCUGCUGCCAAUCCCAUAGGCGGACGUUAUGAUUCAUCAAUGACCUUUUCGGAAAAUGUUAAUUUAUCUGAUCCGAUUUUAUCACGUUUUGAUAUCUUAUGUGUUGUUAAAGACGAAUUUGAUCCAAUGCAAGAUCAACAUUUAGCCAAAUUUGUCGUAAAUUCCCAUAUAAAACAUCAUCCAUCCCGUGAACCGACUGAAGAAGACUUACAAGCGAAUCCUACUAAUGAAAUACCGCAAGAUUUACUAAGACAAUAUAUCGUGUACGCUAAAGAGAACAUACAUCCCAAGUUAACGAAUAUUGAUGAGGAUAAAAUUGCUAAAAUGUAUUCGCAAUUGCGUCAAGAAUCAUUUGCUACCGGCUCAUUGCCAAUUACGGUGCGACAUAUUGAAAGUGUUAUACGUAUGGCGGAAGCGUACGCCCGUAUGCAUUUGCGUGAAAAUGUCGUUGAAGACGAUGUCAAUAUCGCUAUACGUAUGAUGCUUGAAAGUUUCAUUGAGGGUCAGAAAUUCAGUGUUAUGAAGAAGAUGCGCAACGCAUUCCAGAAAUACUUGGCUUUCCAGAAAGAUCAUGCGGAAUUAUUAUUCUUCAUUCUAAGGCAAUUGACAUUAGAUCAAUUGGCGUAUAUACGGUGCAAAGAUGGUCCCACCGCUACGCAUGUUGAAAUUAUGGAACGCGAUUUAUUAGAACGAGCGAAACAAUUGGAUAUAUUUAACUUGAAACCGUUCUAUGAAUCGGAAAUAUUUAAAAAGAAUGGUUUCAAUUACGAUCCAAAAAGACGCAUCAUCUUACAAAUCGUUACAGAAGCGGCGGUUUGAUAAAAUUCUUAAUCGAAAAUUUUUUUUCAUUUUAUCGCUAAUAUUAAGGUUAGGUUUAAAAUUUAUUUAAUUUUAUGAAUCGUAGAUAUGUUCGUUUGGUUAAUUUUAUGAUAAUUUUUAUGUUAUUCUAGGA